UUCAGGAAGUAGGGCCUGGGCUUGUGCAUAGCGAUAGCCUUAGGACUCUUAACUUUUCCAAAGCAUAAUUCCCAUCCCUCCUUUUCACCGGGAUCCUUCCUCUACCUCGGGCCCCGUGCCUUUCGAUGCCUCCCUUCCAGUAGCUGAGGCUCUUUGGGGAAAACUGUGUGUUGGAAGCGUUUCCCUCUAGUGCCCAGGGCUCUGUGAAGAAGCUGCUGCGUAAACGCAGAAGAUAAAUGAAUAGAAUCAAGCCCACCGCUAGGCUUUCUGUUGGAGAAUUCCGCCAGCAGCCGCCAACCGAGUUGCCUUUCCAGGCAGCUGAGUCACAAACAAGAUUUGCCGGAGGUGAGUUCCUCAUAUCCUUGUUAAGGUUCUGGAGGCACGCCUUCUUUUCAUACAAACCUUUCAGAUAGAAGCAGAUUCAGCAGACUUCAAGGGGGUGGGAGGUGCCACUGUAGAACUGUAACUGCCAGUCUUGCCGGACGGGUCUGGGAGAGAAAGCCGACAACAUCUCGGGAUUCAAAAAGCGGGUGCCUAUUUCCCCCUACCUACCCCAUGACUGUCGCCUGCUGAAAACCCAAUUCUGCUUUUACUGCUGUGGUCGAACCCCGGGAAGCUGCACAGCUGGGACACUCGGUGAAGAGAAAGGGAGCCGGCUGUGAAACCCGACACCCAUUCCUCUGCAAGCAAAGGAAACUUCGCACGCUGGUCCACCAAGAUCAGCAUUAUGACUGAUGGUGACUAUGAUUAUCUAAUCAAACUCCUGGCCCUUGGAGAUUCAGGGGUGGGGAAGACUACAUUCCUUUACAGAUAUACUGACAAUAAAUUCAAUCCCAAAUUCAUCACUACAGUAGGAAUAGACUUUCGGGAAAAACGUGUGGUAUAUAAUGGUCAAGGACCAAAUGGAUCUCCAGGAAAAGCUUUUAAGGUACAUCUUCAGCUUUGGGAUACAGCUGGACAGGAAAGAUUUCGAAGUCUCACCACAGCAUUUUUCAGAGAUGCUAUGGGCUUCUUAUUAAUGUUUGACCUCACCAGUCAACAGAGCUUCUUAAAUGUCAGAAAUUGGAUGAGCCAACUGCAAGCUAAUGCUUAUUGUGAAAAUCCAGAUAUAGUAUUAAUUGGCAACAAAGCAGAUCUUUCAGACCAGAGGGAAGUCAAUGAACGGCAAGCCCGAGAUCUUGCAGACAAAUAUGGCAUUCCCUAUUUUGAAACAAGUGCAGCAACAGGGCAGAACAUCGAGAAACCCGUGGACACACUUCUGGACUUAAUAAUGAAGCGCAUGGAGCAGUGCGUGGAGAAGUCACAAGUCCCCGAUGCGGCCAAUGGAGGAAAUUCAGGGAAGCUUGAUGGGGAGAAACCAGCUGAAAAAAAAUGUUCUUGCUAGACUUCACCUUUUUAAACUGAUAAUCAAGAACCUCACCCAAAUAGUUGAUCAGAAAAUGGCUGACAAGCCACAUAAUUGAUGAGUGAGCCUUGCACAGAUACAUUUUAUUUUAUUUUCUUCCAGGGAAUGAAUUUUUAAACACCACCGUGAUCAUCAGUAUUCAGUGGACUGGACUAUGAGCUAUAAGGCCUGACAGGUCUGAGUCUGAGCUUUCCCAACACAAUCUCUCCAUUAGGGACAUUCAGUCGAUUCUUUCAGUUGUUGUUUUGUUGUGUUUUUUUUUAAUUUUACAGAAGCAUUGAAAUCCUCCAA